AUGAGUGUUUGCUCACCCACUAUCUCGGACUGUGAUCAAGAAGAAGGCAGCGUAUCCAGUGCCAGGGGUAUUAACAGGCUCCAGAACGUACAAAUCGAUGAUACAAUGAGGCCUAUCCGACCGUACGUGACGAGCCAGCGCACCAGAAGCGACAGUGAUAUUACAGUGGAAACAAAGGAUCAGGCGGAUGACGAGGGAAUUGUCGAAUCGCCAGUGCUUCAGGAUAGCCACACCGCAGAGAUGGAGGAGCGACUGAGGCGCAAGCUUCAAUUUUUCUUCAUGAACCCGAUAGAAAAAUGGGAGGCCAAGCGACGUUUUCCGUACAAGUUCGUAGUGCAAGUGAUCAAAAUCGUGCUCGUGACGCUGCAGCUCUGCCUAUUCGCACAUUCCCGCUAUAUGCACGUGAACUAUACGUGGGACAAUACGGUCACCUUUUCGCAUUUGUUUCUCCGCGGCUGGGACAUCACAAUGGAGGUGAACAAUUAUCCGCCCGAAACGGGCCCAUUAUCCGUGUACAUGAUCGACGAGUUCUUCCGAACCAUAGACUACGCCGCGGCAGGAUACGCGAAUCUCCCGCAGGCCAUCGGUCCGUACUCGUUUCCGACCGAGGACAACACGAUGGCCCCGAUGAGCCUGUGUCUGUACCGCUACAAAGACGGUACCAUCUUUGGGUUCAACGAAAGCUACGUAUUCAACCCGGAAAUCGACACGCUUUGCGUGUACCUAUACCAGAACGUCACCGUGAAGGGCAGCCAGGCGUAUCUGCGCGAGAAAGAUAUACACAUCAACUUCUCGGCGCUAGUGAAAGCGGAACUACGGUUUGCCAUCAAAACAGUAAACUUCAAGGCGGCUGGGCCGAUAACGGCGCCAGACUGUUAUCGCUUCGAUAUUCUCAUAUUUUUCAACAACCAAGAUCACGACGGUCAGAUGACUCUCCGGCUCGAGGCGGAACCAACGCGCCUAGUUUGCCAUGGCGACGUAGAGUUCAUAAAGAACUCGCAGAUCGACGAUGCGCUCCGGAGCCUGCUGAAUAUACUUGUGAUCGUGAUUUGCCUCGUCUCGUUUGGGCUGUGUGCUCGGGCAAUUUUCCGCGCCCAGCUGCUCCGGGUGAUGACGUGCGACUUUUUCCAGCAAACCUACGGGAAAGAUCUGAGCAGUGAGGGCAAAUGGGAGUUCGUCAACAUGUGGUACAUCAUGAUCGUCUUCAACGACGUGCUGCUCAUUAUCGGAUCCGCCCUGAAGGAGGAGAUUGAACGGAAGCACUUCAUCGCGGACGACUGGAACGUCUGUUCGCUUUUGCUGGGCGUAGGCAACUCGCUCGUGUGGUUUGGCGUCUUGCGCUACUUGGGAUUCUUCAAAACAUACAAUGUCGUCAUACUGACGCUCAAAAAAGCCACCCCAAAGAUAAGCCGAUUUCUGCUCUGCGCACUCAUCAUCUACGCUGGGUUUACCUUCUGCGGCUGGCUGGUGCUCGGUCCGUACCACAUCAAGUUCCGAUCGCUGUCCACCACCUCCGAAUGCCUCUUUGCACUCAUCAACGGCGAUGACAUGUUUGCCACCUUUUCGAUCAUGUCCGAGAAAUCGUUAAUGCUCUGGUGGUUCUGCCGCAUUUAUCUCUACUCCUUCACCAGCCUGUACAUCUACGUUGUGCUGUCCCUGUUUAUUUCCGUCAUAAUGGAUGCGUACGAUACGAUUAAGAAGUAUUACAAAGAUGGGUUUCCGCAAUCCGAUCUGCGGCUUUUCGUUGGCCCAAUCAACCCGAAUGACUUCUCCAGCGGUGUGUUUCGAGACCACGAAGAGUUCGAGAUGGAAGUGAUGUCGCUGAAGGACGCCGUUAGGCGCUUAUUUUGCGGCUGGAAUCCGUCCAGCCGAGGCCCUACAGGAUACACUUCUUUAAUGCCCAAAGCUUCUACGAGCAACAUUAACAACUAAACCAAUUUAUAUACUUCUCAGUAUCGUUACCUUACUAUUUGUUACGAGCGUUACAAUAAAAUUUUACAAA